CAGCGAGCUUCUUUCCCUUGUAGGCCUUUUCUUCGACUUCACUCACGGUCGGUCUCGGGUCCAGCGAACAAGGGGCCGGAACGAUAGGAGUCGAGAGUAUCGAUACAAGAUGGACAAGCUUUACCAGUGCUUUGGGUCGACGCUCGACCCCAAUCCCAAUGCGCGAAAGGCGGCGGAGCUGGAGCUGAGGAAGCUCGAGACUCAGCCUGGGAUGCUUCCUUCGGCCUUUUCGCUGCUGUCGAGCCAAGAGACGAGCCCAGAAGUCCGUCAAGCAGCUGCCAUCUACGUCAAGAAUCGCAUUCGCCGCGCUUGGGACCCCGACUUCAUCGUCGGCUCGAGCCAGAAUCUCAUCCCCGCCGAGGAUCACGACGCCAUUCGUCAAAGCUUGCUGCCUACGCUGCUGGGCUCUCCAAACCAGCAGAUUCGCGUCCAUGUUGCGGCCGCUCUCGGGGCCGUGGUCCGCUGCGACUUCCCUUCCAAGUGGCCCACGCUCGUCGAUGAGAUCAAGGAGCUCCUUGGCGAUGGCAGUGGCGGGGACAGCAACAGAAUAGCGGCCGGUCUCACUGCGCUGCUCGAAGUCGUGCGAGGGUACCGAUGGAAAGAUGAGGACAACAUUAUGGAUCCUGUGGCCAAUGCGACCUUCCCCACCCUCCUGACCAUCUCCAACAACCUCUUGGCUUCGCCCAGCAGCUCUGCGCCAGAGGUCGGCCAGCUUCUCUACCUUGUUACCAAGAUCUUUAAGACAAGCAUCACGCAGCAGCUGGUCGACUACCACCAGGCCGAUCAGAACAUUGUUCCCUGGGGCCAGCUUCUCCUCGCUAUCGUCCAGAAGGAAAUUGACCCUAGCCAACUGCCCGCCGAUGAAGAUGCGAGACAGACAAGCCCCUGGUGGAAGGCAAAGAAGUGGGCCUACUUCAGCCUCAACAAGCUCUUUAGCCGCUUUGGAAACCCAACGCAGCUGCCCAGCAACCUGGCCAAGUACAAGCCUUUCGCCCAACGCUUCGUCACCACCUUUGCACCUGAAAUUCUGAAGGUCUACCUCGGACAGACAGAGGCAAAGGUGCAGGGUCGUCUCUGGAUGAGCGAUCGUGCGAUUCAUCUCGUCCUCGCCUUUUUCACCGAAUGCAUCAAGCCCAACUCGACAUGGGUUCUCCUCAAACCCAACGUGCUGCCCCUCGUCCAAUCAUUUGCCUUUCCCCUCCUUUGCCGUACCCAGACAGACGACGAGGUAUGGGACCUAGACCCUACCGACUUUCUGCGGCAGCAGAUGGAUCCGUUUGACGACUUUGGAAGUCCUCGAUCGAGCGCCGCCAACUUUGUCCAGACAGUGGCCAAGAAGAGGACAAAAACGGCGUUCCUGCCCAUCCUGGAGUUUGUCACGAGUGUGCUCAAUGCAUACCCGGCCUCACGAACAGCAGCAGAGAAGGAAGGCGCUCUUUACACCGUCAAGACGCUCGAUGAUGUGAUGCUCACCCAUCCCAUGGUCAAAACCAACCUCGAGUCAUUUAUGGUGCAGCACGUCAUUCCAGAACUCAGCGGCCAGGAUCGCUUCCUCAAGUUCCGAGCCGCAGAGGUCAUCGCCAGGUUGUCGAGUGACAUGGAGUGGAAGAAUGGCGCCAGUCUUGAGUCGGCUUUCCAAGGCAUCAUGACGUGCCUUGGUGACAGUGAACUGCCUGUGCGAGUCCAGGCUGCUCAGGCGGUCACGCACCUGCUCGAUCACGACGAAGUCAAAGAUGCCAUGCGGCCCAAUGCCCCACGGCUCAUGCAGGAGCUCUUGAACCUCUCCGAUGAGGUGGAGCUCGACGUACUGACGGAGCCAAAGACACGCGUCAUGGAUGCUUUCCCCCAAGAACUGCUGCCGUUCAGCACCAAACUCUGCGAGCAGCUUGCCCAGAGCUACCUCCGUCUGGUCGGCGCAGGCAUCGAAGCGGCCAAGGCUAUCGAGGAAGCGGGCGAGGUCGGCCGUGAGAUGAAUCUUAGCACACUGGAGGAACAAGGCGAGGAAGACAAGAUGUUUGCCGCCAUGUCCUGCCUGACAACAAUCUGGCAAGUCAUCGACACUGCAGAGUCCCACGCCGAGACACUCAACCAGCUCGAGAAGAUCGUGGUGCCCAUCGUGACUUACACGAUCCGCGAAAAAGUCUAUGAGAUGUUCGAUGACUGCUUCGAACUGACGGACCUCCUCACAUACUCGCAAAAGCGUGUCACCGACGGCAUGUGGGAGGUUUUCCGGCUGAUGUACGAGGCGAUGAAGUCAGAAGAGUCGCAAGAUUACCUCUCGGAGAUGCUGCCCACACUCGACAACAUCAUCUCGUACGGCAAAGAGGCCUUCGAGGCCAACGCCGACCUUCGAAACAUGGUCCUCGACAUCUACAACACCGUCAUGUCUGGUGGGGACGACUUUCAGGCGAGCGAGCGCAUCGCGGCAUGCAAGCUGGCCGAUGUGCUUCUCCUCGUACUCAAGAGCGGCCUCGACGAUGCCAUCCCUGGCUUUGUCGGCUCAAUGCUUCCCCUUGUCGGUCGCAAGAAGGAGAAGUCGCUUCGUCAGUGGUCUAACAUCGUCAUCGCAGACUGCCUAUGCUACAAUGCCCAGCUCACGCUGUCGGCCCUCGAAUCGAUGCAGGCAACGACGACCUACUUCCAAAAUCUGCUGCAGAUCUCGUCCAAGCUCAACAAGGUGCACGAGAAGAAGGUUGUGGCUGUGGCCCUGCUCAGCGUUCUGUCACUCGAUCAAUCGGCCAUGCCGGCGAGCAUCGGCCAGGCAGGAGGCGCGCAAAGUCUGCUUGUCGGAUUGAUCCAGGACCUCGAGGGGAUCCCGAAGGCGAUCGAGAGAAUGAAGGAGUUCAACGAGGACCUGUUCGAAGACGAAGACGAGGUAGAAGGAGAGGCUUCCGGUGGCAUUGACCUGGAUGCAGGUGACGAAGAUGUGGUGGACGAGGACAAUGAGUACCUGGAACUGCUGGCGAAGGAAGCCGCGAGACUCCGUAGUCGAGCAGCAAAGGGCGCAGACGAUGGUGACGAUGUCGAAGAGGACGAGGAUGCCGAAGACGAAGAUGAUGAGGACGCCGAUGGCUUCGAAUCACCCUUGGCUACCGUUCCCGUGUUCGACGGCUUUAGGAAGGUCCUCUCCUCGAGCGCAUUUGUCCAGUCUUUGGCACAGAGCCUUUCGCCAAAGGACCAGGAGCUGCUGCAGGCCGUGUCACAGAUCCAGGACGAGGACCUUUCCAAGUCGAGCAAGGAGCCUCCCUCGGUGCCUGCCUUCUGAUGUCAUGGUCCUUUCCCACACCCAUAUACCAUCGCCUCCAAUCUGUCUCUUCGGCACAAGAGCCAGCUAAACUAAAAGGGAACCCCGAUUAAUUGAUAAAUUUCUUCUAUCGAACGAGAGAUGCUACG